GGCAAACGCGGGAAAUUUAGUACGGGAAACUUUCGGCACAACAUUACAAUCUUUUUCGAUUGAUUCGAAUUCACUGCGUGUGGCGCGGACCACUUUUAAUAUUUCUUCUGAAGACAGAGAGGUAUUUCAUCCAGAUUUAUCAUUAACAUGGAAUUCUCAGAGAACACCACGAAGAAGAGGAUCAAGAAGGAGUCGUUCAUUGACAAAACCAAAGAACCCCAUUUGCUGUUUUAUCGGAUUCCACCAAUUGAGAACAUUUCCCUCAGUGAAUUUGAGGAUCUUGCUAAACGAAGAUUGGCAGUUCUGAAGCAUGUUGAGUCUGUUGGUAUCCGGCAUGUCAAAGGAAGUGAGGAGUAUAACGAAAGAAUGGACAAAGAACUAAAAAAAUUGAUGCCCAUUGCCCACAAGAAGAUGAGUGGGGAAGACUUGGCAGCUCACAAGAGAGAUGAUCGGAUCUCCCAUUUCAUCUUGAGGUUGGCUUACUGCAGAUCGGAAGACCUCAGGCGAUGGUUCAUCCAGCAAGAGCUUGAUCUGUUCAGGUAUCGAUUCCUGAGGGAAUACAGUGAAUCUGUCACGCAAUUUCUGGCUGAGAACAAACUUCAUUACACUCCAAUCCCUGAGAACGAGAAAGAUGCAUUGAAUGAGAAGUUGGUGAGAUCUUCAGCGGGGAUCAGCGCAUCAAUGAUGGCCCAUACAGACUUCUUCAAGGUUCCCUUCACCGAGGCCCUGGACCUUGUCAGAGGACGAAAGGUCUUCAUUCAGAAGGGAUAUGCCUUUGUACCUCACAGUGAGCUGGUGUCCAUCGUUCUGACUGCUUUCAGGUCUCAUCUAUCACAAAGCCUUGCUAUCACUGCGAGAGGAGUACCCCACUUGGAGGAAGAUGGCCGCCUCCUUCCGAUGCUCAAUAAUCUAAGCAAGCAGUACUUGGGCCAGGACUACAGUAGCAGUAAAAGGUCUGGGAAUUCAGCGAUCAACCUUGAAGACAUAGAAAAGUACUCCAAGCAGUCAUUCCCGCUCUGCAUGCGCCAGCUCCACAUGUCACUCCGGGAACACCACCAUCUCCGUCACGGAGGCAGGAUGCAGUAUGGGUUAUUCCUCAAGGGUAUCGGGAUGACCCUGGAACAAGCCAUGACCUUCUGGAGGUCAGAGUUCACUCGUAUCAUGGAUAUGGACAAGUUUGACAAGCAAUAUUCCUACAACAUCCGCCAUAACUAUGGCAAGGAGGGAAAGCGACAGAACUACACACCAUACAGCUGUAUGAAGAUCAUCAUGAGCAGUGCACCAGGACAGGGAGAUUACCAUGGUUGUCCAUUCCGUCAUACCGAUGGUGCCUUGUUGAAGCAGAGGCUCUCCACCUUUGGACUCGCACAGAAUGGUGUCGAGCAGGUCAUGGAGCUGGUCAAAGGCCAUCACUAUCAACUGGCUUGUACCAGAUACUUUGAGCUCUCGCACAACGUUCCAGAAGCGGAGUUCCUUCUGAACCAUCCUAACCAAUACUUUGAGGAGAGUCUGAAGGUCAGAGGAGGAGGCACUGGGAGAAAAGAAGGUAGGUGUUUUUUUUUUUAUCAUGAGGAUAUUGAUGAUGAGGAUGUUGAUGACAGCAAUGCAGUAGUGUUAUGUUUGUAGUUUUCAAUAUAUUAUCAUUAUCAUCAUUACUAUCAUCUUCAUUCCCGUCACUGCCAUCACCAUCAUCAUCUUCAUUAUCAUCAUCAUUACUAUGAGAGGUGUUGUGGCUUUGUGCAUAAGUCUCUUUUGAACUUGAAUCACAACGUCCGGGGAUCAAAUCACACUGUAGCACUUGCAUCCUUUGGCAAGGCAUUUAUACAUUUGCCUCUCUCCACCCAGGUGUACUGGGUAUGCAGUAGGAAGGAAUUUAUGAAUGCACGAGUGUCCAAUCAGGGUAGCCAUGCCAGAAUAAUAGUAUGCAUCACUUAGAAAGAUUUUAAGCUCUAUAAAUGAUGCAUAUUGUUAUUACAUGUACAGUAUAUAGCAAUUUAGAGGUGCCGAUUAUCUAAUUGUCAAUUCAGUGGGACACCAUGGCCCCAUCUUACAAAGAGUUACAAUUGAUUGGAUCAAUCGUAACUCUGGAAAUCCAUCAGUGUCAUAGUUUUUUAUACAGGAAAUUUCAAAGUGUCCUUUAAAACAAAGGAGAACACACAAAAUUGUCAAGAAAUCAAUGAAUUUAUGGAUAUACAUUCAUAUCUAGAAAAGUUUUUGAACAUACAUGCAUUUUUCUAGUUGACAUUGCUGGCUUUCCAUAGUUGCGAUGGAUUGGAACAAUCACAACUCUUUGUAAGAUGGGGCCCACAUGUUUCCCCGGCUUAUAAGCUUCAGCUCCUAAUGGCAAUUGUUGCAUUCAAAGAAUUAAUUCUGUUGGGUGCCCAUUCACCUCGCCUGCGUUGAGUGCAGCACGGUAUGGGUCAAUUUCUUGCUGCCUUGGUUGGGGUUUGAAUCCACGACCCUGUUUCAAGGACCAGAGACUAAUCCAUUGGACUACAUUAUACAAUGCUCACCUUUAUCACCGUCAACACCAUGAAAUAAGACACUUAAUUCUGAAAGUUUUGUAUGAAAAGGUGAUGAUGAUGAUGCACAGCAUUUGUAUAGCGCCAUGUAUCUGUCAAAGACAUUCAAAGGCGCAUUGGAGGAGCCAGCCAAUCUGGGUCGCCAAGAAGGGCGCGCACACAGAACUGUGACCCGCAGGUCACUCCUCCCGAUAACUGGUUGGGGAAUGCAGGUGGACCACUACACCGGGGUUUCUCCCUACUCUUAUUCGAAUAGUGCAGUGGGUUCUUAACGUGCAAAGGUGGUGAUUCUCCUCUACACGGGGCCUCCAUUUAAUUUCCUCUCCGAGGGACGGAGUGUUUUCCACUGUAACAUAGCCUGCAUCUAUGAAACAUGGGAGAGACGUGAAAGGUGAUGAUGAAGACAAUGGCAGCAGCAAUCAUGUUUAGGUAUCGUCAACUUUGUGGUCAUUUUCAUCCUCUGCAUUCCUACCAUCACCUUUGACCCCACUUUUAUGACAUCACUAUCACUACCAUCAUCAUUAUCAUCGUUACUAUAAUCAUCGUCAUGGCCAUGAGCUUAUUCAUAAUCGCAAUCAUCGCUUUUAUCAUUAUUACAAUUGUCACUGUUACAAAUAUCAUAAAAUCAUUAUCUGAUCAUCAUAACUAUUAUCUUCAUCAUCAUCAUUGCUCUCAUCAUCGUCAUCAUCAUUAUUACCCUCAUCAUCAUCAUCAAGCUCAUCAUCGGCAUCAUCAUCAUAAUUACUCUUAGAAUCUUCCUCCUAAUCAUUACCAGGUCAUCAUCAUUACCUUUGUCAUCAUUAUUUAAUACCCCCAUCAUCAUUACCCUUAUCAUCAUCAUUACCCUUAUCAUCAUCAUUACCCUCAUAGUCGUCAGUACUAUCAAAUGGUAUGUGCACAAGUUUAAUAUGGUUCUCUAUUGGAUCACUGCAAACUCCCAAAAUUCCAUAUGUUUUCUGCCUUUAACAGGCUGUGCCUUUGUCUAGGAAAUCUUCAUAUGAGCUACAUAUCAAGGUUCUUUUACAGGUUUCACGUUUCCACUCUUAAGUGACAUCCGGAUGUGCCAUUUAUUUCCUUGUUUAGAGAAUCAAUACAAACCCUUCAAAACCCUACUCCUUUUGCUGUGAAAUUAUCAUUUCCAGGGCAACACAGGGUAUCAUUAAAGGGGAAAUGAGUAGAUAUUAAGGCUACUUCAUUUCCCCCCCCCCCCAAAGAAAAUAUAUCAGUCAAUAAUACACCACGCUACACACUCCUUUGUAUAUUCUUCUAUCUUAUUCUCCAUUCCUACUCUUUUUAUUUUUCUUUCCCCUUUAAAAUGUCACUUUGGUCAUCGCCCCCCCCCCCUCAUCUCAAAACUGUGACUGGCCAUUGCUUUGAGAACAGUCUGGUUUGUCAAAUGAUAUGGAUUUGCAUCACUAUGUUGUAAAACAAUAUGCAUCAUUUUGCACACGCAUUCAAUAAAGCACACCCGGUCCCUUGGAGAUGUGGAGAUGGUCCGCAAACCCUUCCAUAUGCGUUGGAUGUGUUAUAAUUCUACAUACAUGGUCUGGCUGAUACGUAUGCAUUUCUUGUCACACAUCAAUAAAAUAUCAGUAGUAGGCCAGUAAUUUCAGCUUAAUUUAGGAUUUAUUGUAUCAAAAUAGUGUUAACAUCCAUACAUGUCUUACAUGUACUUCUACAACAUACUUUAUGGUACUAAAAUACUUUGCAGUCAGAGAAACGUUUGAAAGAAAGCAGCAAUAUUAUUCUACACAAACUUUUUGCCAAACCUGUACACAAGAGCAUAUUCAUAUUUAACAUACAGUAGAAUAGAUAUUUCUUUAUCAAUGUGAACAAAAGGAACCAUUUGUUGUGUUUUCCCUACUUUGUUUAUAAUAAAUUAAAAGUGGCAUUCAUUAGCCUCAGUAACUUGCAUAUUCUUAGAAGGAAAUUGAAAUCAGUAAAUUCCUCAAAUUGGCCAUACAAAGGAAAACAUAUAUUCAAAGUGGCAUACAUGUAUUUGAACUUCUCAAUAUGCCUUCUUUCAAAUUACGCUUAUUCCCCUACAAAAUUUUGAUAUAAAAGUGUACAUGUUAACAAAAAAAUAAUAAUCAAAACACAGUCCAAACGAGGAGAUUCUAUACUGGCCAUUUCCUGGUUUAGUAGGAAAUGUCGAUAUUGGCGAAAAGAAUGACCUAACUAUCAAAACCAAUCAACUCUUUGAAAGAGUAGAUCGUAAAACUGCAGGGAGAUCGUUUGGUUUUGAUUGUCAAGAUAUGUUUCAUAUUCCUGACAAUCGCUCCAAGGUUGCUUUUCGAAUCAUGGAAGUAAUUUGUCUUUUUCACAUCAUUAACAAAGAUAAACCUAUGUAUAAUGAUCAAUCCAUAUCUUAGUUUUACUUUCAAUUCAAAGAAGAGAUGACCUAUUAAACUUGAAAGAACAGUGUGACAGUGUGAACUAGGGAGACAAUCACACUGCUGCUUGUAGUGAUUUACCCCCCCCCCCCCCCGAAAUGCUCAAGAGAUCCCUGGAAUAUACACGUACAAUGUAUGAAAGAGCUCUGGAAAAUCCCCAAUUCACUGCAAUGUAAAAGUUUUUCUUAAUGUUACAGAUUUAGACAGUACAUGUAGGCUGAUAUCCUCAGAAAAAAGAAUAACUUAUUGCCUGGGGUGAACACAUGUGUGGUCACUACGUGAAAGUGAUCACACUAACAGUCAGCAAGAGCUAAAUUACAUAGAGUUUACAUUGACAAGUUAUAAAAUUUCAAAGAAAUACAAUUUAAUUUACAUUCAGAAUCAAAGCACAUCGCAGCAGGUUGCAUUAUGUGAACAGGCUUCAGCGAAUGGUUGCACAUUUCCCUACAUUGCAUGUAGGGGGUUUUGCACCAUGAUGAAGAGUGAAAUCUAGAACACAGUAAAUGUAUCAAAAAUGCAUGUAAAAAAACAAACAGCUGGGAGGCCUUUGUCGAAUAUUGGUGAACCGGAACAGCAAUUUCGUCCCAAGUUUCGGAGCUGAUAAAUUAUUGCAAAUAUGUCAUAUGCCGAGAGUCCAGGACGAAAUUGCCGUUUUGAUUGACCAACUCUUGACAAAGACUUCUUGCCUGCUCUUUGUCAUGAAGGGCAUUUGACAAUAUAUUUUCUAUGCUCCUGCAAGCGUUCUGCAUGGCAGUGCAAAAACUCUGUACUACAGUAACUUCGACUGCAAAACUGACAAGAGGCAUCUGAGGUUAUAAACAUGUGCUACAUACAUAUGGAAAACUGAAACAACAUGCCCUGUCAUCGUGUAGAAUGAGAUUUUUUUUUUUGGCAAGGUAUGAUAGGAGCUCUUGGCUCGUUGAUACAUGUAUGUCCUGUCCUUGAUGCUAUGACUUGGAAUGCAUCCAGAGCAAAGCUUUUUUAUGGUUAGGUGAUCACAUGAUAAUGAUGAUAUUAAAUUGAAAACCAUUACCCAACAAAGCGUGAUCAUAUUUCAGAGUUGGAUUCAGACAAUCGUAAAAAAUUUCUUGAAAAACACCGACAAACAUGUACUCUUUAUUACAUUGUUGAAAUUCCAUUGUCAUUUUCAUUAAAAAAUGACUGAAACUUUAUAAUUUUCUAGGUUUGAAAUUCAACACUACCCAUAUGAGUUGUAUGUGUAUACAUAGACUUUCCAGCAAUGCUACCAACUACAUUGCAACCUUGAGUGUAAAGAAUGCAGCCAGCAGUUGCACAAUCUGAUUGUGCUAUUUACUCUAAAUGUGAAAAAAAUUCCCAAUGUCAAGUCAAUUCUACAUCGGUUCCAUGAUAACCCCCCCCCC